AUGGCGAGAAGGAAAACUACCCGGCGGCCCCUCCAGAAAACCGCCGUCGCCACCUCGUCUCCUCCUCCUUCACCAGAUCCGCCUUCACCCCCUUCCCGUGACCUAACUCCUCCACCCUCUCCUCCUCGUGACUCACCCCUCACACACUCACCGGAGAAAACCGUUACCAAGAACACUCCACCCUCUCGACAAAAAACUCCGGUAAAACCCUCUCCUCUCAAGAAAACUCCGGUCAAAAAGCCUCCUCUCAAGAAACCUCCGGUCAAACGGCCUCCUUUCAAGAAACCUCCGGUCAAAACGCCUCCUCUCAAGAAAACUCCGGCCAAAAAACCCCCACCGAAAAAACCUCUGAACAAGAAACUGGGUUCGUCACCGGUUCUGGAUUCCGGCGAGGAGCACGUGUCCACGUCGAAUUCCGCUGCUACAUCUUCUGGCACUGCUCAAACUCGAAAAAGAAAGGUCUCCGAUAAGCCUAGUUCAUCUAACCCCCCUCCUUCGAAAACGAAAAAAACACAAGUUCUACAUUCUUCCACUUCGGUUAAGAUUUUAUCCGGUCGAGUCUUUCCAAUGCUUUGGCUUAAAAAACCUGGGUUUAAGUUUCUGUCUGAUGCAUUAAAGAGUCAAGGUUGGUUGAACUUGCUGAAUUCUAUGGAUGGUAUAUAUGUUGAUGAGGUUACUCAGUUUUAUGAAAAUUUGGUUGUUAAUGAGAGUUUGGUUCUAACCUCUACUGUGAAUGACAUUGGGAUUACUUUAUCUGUGGACGAAUUGGCUCAAUUACUAGGUGUUCCCAAUAGUGGGUUUUCGGAUUAUACAACCUAG